AUGAUGGGUGCGGUUAUGGAGAGAUCCAACAACAAAAGAACCAUGGCGGCCGAUCCGAUCAGUCGAGACGACCCCUUGGCCAAGAAGAAGAAGGUGGUGGAUCUGGGGAGCGACAGCGACGAGGACUUGCCCAAUCCGUCACAGUGGGCGGGGGUUAACCCUGAUUCCUUCAGCGAUGACUACUUGGCCAAGAUGGAAAAGGCCAGACUCGACGAAGAAUCAGCUCCCCGCCCUGUGAAAAUUGCCACGCUCAACUACUACAAACCUGCCACCAGGUUUCACACCAUCGAGCUUUUCCCCGUCCGUCGAUCCGGAAGCAAGGCCGUGCUCCUCGCUGCGAAAUUUCUUCUAGGGAUUUCAUCCCCUCUCGAUGGUGAACCGCUCAGACGGUGCUCUGGCUUCUGGGUCGAUUGGGAUGAGGAGAAGAAAACUGGCCUUGUUUUGACAACUGCGCGGCUGAUUCGCAUAAAGGAUGCUCCUUACAGUGUCUGGUCAGGCGGUGAAGAGUAUGCUACAGAUGCUGAUGUCACUGUUCAUUUGCUAAAUGGCACCAGUGCAAAGGGCCAGCUGGUCUAUCUCCAGCCCCACUACGAUCUCGCUUUCCUGAGUGUUCAGAUGGAUCAACCAAUCAACUUACCAUCUUUGAAUGAAAAAGAUGUAGAAUUUGCUCAAGAGGUUUUUCGGCUCGGAAGAGACAAUUCCUUAAAUCUAAGGAUAACAUAUGCCAGGGCAGAAUAUUUGAAUCCAACCAUGUUUGAGCGGCACCACAAUGUAUACCUCCGUUCUCCAGAUGGCCAUGGUGAUGAUAAUGAGUUUGACUAUGGGGGGCCAGUUAUUGACCUGUGUGGAGAAGUUGUCGGAAUGGUCAACGACCCUAAGAGAUUUGGGUCUUUUAUACCUUCUUCCAUUUUGCUCAAUUGUUUGGAUUCAUGGAAGAAAUAUCAGCACAUCGCCCGGCCUCAUCUUGGAAUGAUGUUUAAGGACAUCAAACUUCUAGAACCUGCUCAUGUUGACAUGUUAUGGCGUAAGUUUAACAUUGAUGAUGGUCUUAUUGUUGAAGAGGUGUCGGGAGGAUCUCCUGCUGAGAAAUUUGGAAUCCAAAAAGGUGAUAUUAUUGAAUCUUUCAGUGGAAAGCCUGUUUCUUCCACAAUUGAGCUGGAAAAUACACUGAUGAGCAUAUACAAGGGAACCUUAGAUGCUGAAGUUCAUAUUUCUGUUGGGGUGUUUCACACACUCGAAGAACAACGGAGCACUGUAGACUUAACUGCAAAAUUAUCAGAACUUGGAGAGGUUAUUAAAAGAGGUCCUACAGACUCUUGA